GCGGGCGCGCGCCUCAAACCAAGAUGGCUACAGGAGACAAUAGCGGUCGGAUUCCGUGCUUAAAUUUCUCCGGACUCGGACCUCUGGGUAACAGCCAACCGAGUAACAGUCCUUACGCAAUAGCUGCGGCUCAUGGAGGAUCCGUUGGAGGCGGCGGAGGCUCUCAGGGCGGAACCAGGCGCUCGAACCCUCAGUCUGGGCCUGCAGGCCUGGAAAGCCCCGGUGUUGCGUUGGGACCUCCGCCGAACCUGAUGAACUCUCUUCCGGCUGGAGUGGCGGGGCCGUUGGGUGGGGCGAUGGCUCCUGUCGCCUCGAAUAUGACAGGAAGCCCGUCCAACGCAGUGGUGACACCGGCGGUCGUCACGCACUCCGCUGCCGCAGCCGCCGUGCUCGUGUACCGGGAGCCCGUUUAUAAUUGGCAAGCAACGAAAAGCACCGUGAAAGAGAGAUUUGCAUUUCUGUUCAAUAAUGAAGUGCUGAGCGACGUUCACUUUCUAGUGGGCAAAGGAAUGGGUGUUCAGCGGAUACCUGCACACAGGUUUGUUCUGGCAGUUGGCAGUGCAGUGUUUGAUGCCAUGUUUAAUGGAGGCAUGGCCACCACAUCUACAGAAAUCGAGCUUCCUGAUGUUGAAGCUGCUGCGUUCCUUGCCUUGCUCAAGUUCUUAUACUCUGAUGAAGUUCACAUUGGACCAGAGACAGUGAUGACCACUCUGUACACCGCAAAGAAAUACGCUGUGCCGGCCCUGGAGGCCCAUUGCGUUGAGUUUCUCAAGAAGAACCUGCGAGCGGACAACGCUUUCAUGCUGCUCACGCAGGCUCGACUCUUUGACGAGCCGCAGUUGGCCAGUUUGUGUCUGGAGAACAUUGACAAGAACACAGGUGACGCUCUGGCUGCAGAGGGAUUCACAGACAUUGAUCUAGACACGCUUUUUGCGGUGUUGGAGAGGGACACUCUGGGCGUACGAGAGGUGCGUUUGUUCGGGGCAGCGGUCCGCUGGGCGGAGGCAGAGGCUCACCGUCAGCAGCUACAGCCCACACCAGAGAACAAGAGACGUGUGCUGGGCAAAGCCCUCAGUCUCAUCCGCUUUCCCCUUAUGACGAUAGAGGAGUUCGCUGCAGGUCCAGCCCAGUCGGCCAUUCUGACAGACAGAGAGGUCGUGAGUUUGUUCCUGCACUUCACCGUAAACCCUAAACCACGUGUGGAGUUCAUCGACCGACCGCGCUGCUGUCUGCGGGGGAAAGAAUGCAGUAUCACACGCUUCGGACAGGUGGAGAGCCGCUGGGGUUACAGUGGAACCAGCGACCGCAUCCGAUUCUCUGUAAAUCGCAGGAUAUUUAUCGUAGGUUUUGGACUGUAUGGAUCCAUACACGGACCUACAGACUACCAAGUCAACAUACAAAUCAUUCACACAGACAGCAACACAGUUUUGGGUCAGAAUGACACGGGCUUCAGCUGUGACGGGUCAGCCAACACUUUCAGGGUAAUGUUUAAAGAGCCAGUGGAGGUCCUGCCCAACGUCAAUUACACCGCCUGCGCUACAAUGAAGGGUCCAGAUUCACACUACGGCACUAAAGGGAUGAGGAAGGUGACGCACGAGUUGUCCGGAUCCGGAACCAAAACCUGCUUCACGUUCUGCUACGCGGCAGGCAACAACAACGGCACAUCUGUGGAGGAUGGCCAAAUCCCAGAAAUCAUCUUCUACACGUAGUAAACCAUGACAACACAGGGCUCGCACACAGACUGUUUCCAUCAGCACAUAACGGCUCUAUAGUGCACGUGAUGCUGUAGCCAAAUCUGACAGUUGAGUCAAUUAUCAUUACGGGACGGCGGUUUAUCUUCAGGGGUUUUUGUGCAUUUAAUAACCGAUAGUGUGUCCAUAUUUACACAAUACAAUCAACUGAACAGGAACCUGUUAUGCAUUACUAAUCCAUGACAGAUAUAGUUUUAAUGUCAUAUACAGAUGUUUAUUUUUAUGGAUCUUAAGGAGCUGAUUCAGCAUCAGUGUAUUUGGGUUGCAAUUUAAAAUCUUGACCAAUCAAUGAGCACCUCACACUAUUUCAGAGCAUUUAAAUAUAUAUGGAGUGAAUCACAAAACCUGUCAAGAACACCCAUACCCUCCAUUAUUAAGGACAACACCUUUCGAUGUAUAUGCAACUUUAUGAUUUCCAUUUACGUUGGCAGAGAUUCGGGAAUGCCGUGGUCUGUUACUUUCUCUUUUGUGCCAAGGUUUCCUGUUUCUAUAGAAUGACUCCUUCAAUGUUAUAAUUAAUUUCAGCACUUAAUGUAACUAUAGAGGAGAAACAAAUCCAUUCAGGAAUGCCACAUUAUUUAUUUCGACAGGAUGCACCUCAUAAUUAAGUAAACUUGAACUUGUGCAUGCCAUCAUUACGACUGUAGACUGUUUGACAUUGUAGAUGGGUCUGUAAUCUUGCACCUGUUUCUGUGAUUACUCCUGUCAAAUAAAGCUGAAGCAUAUUCUUUAAACGCGA